AUGCCCAAGAACAAGGGAAAGGGUGGUAAGAACCGCAGAAGAGGAAAGAACGAGAACGACAACGAGAAGCGCGAGCUCACCUUCAAGGAGGAGGGUCAGGGUACACGACANGAGUAUGCCCAAGUCGUCAAGAUGCUGGGUAACGGCAGACUGGAAGCACAAUGUUUCGACGGCGAGAAGAGACUAGGACACAUCCGUGGCAAGCUGCGAAAGAAGGUCUGGAUCAACCAGGGCGACAUCAUCCUCCUGUCGCUGCGUGACUACCAGGACGAGAAGGGCGACGUCAUCCUCAAGUACAACGCCGACGAAGCACGAAGCUUGAAGGCAUACGGCGAGCUGCCCGAGUCGGCCAAGAUCAACGAGACCGACACAUACGGUGGUGAGNNGGAGGAGGGCAUCGGCUUCGACUUCGGUGAAGACGAGAGCGAGAGCGGUGGUGAGGUCGACAUUGACGACAUCUAA